AUGAACCAGCGGAUUGUUGAGAUACAUGGCUUGCGGGGUGAAAGAAAGAUAGUGGAGAUUGAGAAUGGACAGUCGGUUUAUGUAGCGGAUAUUGAGGAUUCGGUUGUAGUCUUGCGUGGGAAGUGUAUUAAGGUGAUGGUAGUCGAUACGAAAAAGUCGUUGGUGGCAGUUGAGUCAUUAGUAAGUAACUUAGAGGUAACUCGGGCUAAAAACACAGUAAUUGGGUUGGGGAAAGGAAACAUGAUUAAUGUUGAGCAAUCGGUAGAGUGUAGAAUUGGGUUGGGUAGUGAAGAGACUGAAAUUCGCUUGCGAAGGAAUACUUCGAUUUCAGCAGUCUUAUUGGGUAGUUUGGACUGGAGUGCAGCUAGUCCAGAGGAGAUUAUUGCGGCAUCUGAGUCUGCGAAGGAGUUGUUUCUACCCGAAGAGAUUAAAGCAAUCUUCUGUGAUGGUAAACUAUCCACUGGCGUAGUCAAAGAAUAG